AUGUUUAACACACCUUACAAAAGAGGAGAUUAUGGUGUACAAUUUUCGUGCUUAUGUAUCACCAGCACUAGUCAUCAUUGGUAUCCCAUCAAAUUUUUGGUUGCACUUGUUUUCGCUGUAAUUGAACGUAGAAACAGUUGCCGAUUUAAUCUUUAUGCUAUUUGGAUGGCUGUAGCACAUAAUAUGCAAUUAAUUGUUAAUACAUUGAUAGAUGACUUUCUAGGCCGUGGAUUGAAAUAUGCAACACAGUGUAAGCAUUCAAUACAAGUAGAUAUACAAUCGUCUUUCAUAUGUAAAACUUUAACUUAUUUGACUGACGCUUCAGCGUUAAUAGCUGCUUUCAUUUUAAUGUUAUUUAGUGUUGAUCGUGUUUGUUCAAUAUACAAUCCAAAACAUUUUGAACAAAGUUCACAUAUGAAACUAGCACACAUCAUUAUUGCUUUUGUCUCAUUUAUCUGUUUAAUUUUGAAUAUACCGCAUUUAAUAUUUGCUGACUUAAAGAUCCAUCCUACAACUAAUAGUCGUGAAUGUCAGUAUAUUAAUCCUGUUGCUGGAGGUGUAAAAUAUGUUCUCUACUUGUACAUUGUAGGUGUUGCUAUACUACCUGCUGUGUUUAUUUUCAUUACUAAUUUACUAAUAUUGUACAAGUUGAGUACAGCUGUUUAUCGAUCAAAGCUAAUUGGUGCAAAAGACGACGAAUCAAAAAAUGAAAUGGGAAAAGUGGUAGCUCAUUUAGCUAUCAGCAUACUGUUUACAUGUUUAUCUAUUCCACUGGUUGUAAUGAUCAUUCUAAGACAAGAGGUACACUUCUAUAAAUAUGAUAUAUUAUAUCCAGAUUAUGCUAAACAAAUUGUUCAAUAUUCAAAAUUAUUCAGUUCUGUCGAUUCUUUUAAUCAUGCAUUUGAUUUCUUCUUGUAUCUGGCAUUUAUGCCGACAUUUCGACAUACUUUAUGGGAAAUACUGACAUGUGGGACAUGUUGUCGACGUAAACAGCAUGGUAAUCUUAAUCAACAAUUAAUGGAACUGCAAAACCGACCAACAUUGGAGCAGAAAACUAGUUUGUCAAUUCUUGACGAUGAAACAACAUCACUUUACUCGAACAAACAUAUUUUACCUGAGAUUAUUUAUGUAAACGCAAAUGGUUUAUAUCAUAACUCUGAUCAUAUACCAUUUAUUGAUCAGUAUACCAACUACUCACCAGAACAUUACAUUUUAACACGAUCAUGA